GCACACAGACAGAGAGAAACGGAGAAUAGCACCACCGUCGUCGCUCGAACCGAAACCCGAAGAUGCCGCCGAAGAAGAUGGGUGUGAACAGCAAGGCGGAGGCCGCUAGGGCACGGCGGAGCGCCACCGAAUCCGAGCGGAAAGAAAGCGAGGCUCGCCAGAAAGAGGAGCAGUACUGGCGCGAAGCCGAGGGCAGCAAAUCACGCGCCGCCAAGAAGAAGGAGGAGGAAGCCGAGAAGAAGGCCGAGGCCGCCGCUCGCAAGGCCGAGGCGCGCCGAUUGGCCGAGCUGGAGGAGAAGGAGCUCGAGAAGAUGGUGAAGAAGCCUGACAAGAAGGUCAGCCGCGUCGCGAUCCCUGUGCCGAAGGUGACGGAGGCCGAGCUGAGGAAGCGCCGGGAGGAGGAGGCGGCGGCGAUGGAGAAGAAGUCGGAGGAGUCGAAGAAGAAGCAGACGCGUACGGCGGCGGAGGAGGAGUACGAGAGAAUGGUGCUGGUGUCGAACACGAAUCGUGAUGAUUCGGUUAUUGAGGCCAGGUCGGUGGAGGACGCGAUUGCUCAGAUGACGGUGGCGGAGUCCUUGCCGGUGGAUCGCCACCCUGAGAAGAGACUCAAGGCUUCGUUUAAGGCAUUUGAAGAAGCUGAGCUUCCCAGGUUGAAGGCGGAGAAACCAGGACUUACUCACAAUCAAUACAAGGACAUGAUAUGGAAGCUGUGGAAGAAAUCUCCUGAUAAUCCGCUAAAUCAGGUUGCUACUGAGUGAUCGCUGACAAUGUCCACUAUCCAAUGGCGGAUCAGACAAACUGAACAAGUGGUUGCGGCAAUCUUGAAUUUCUGAAGUUCAUUCAUGUGAGGUUUGACCGUUUGACUAUGAAGGUUUUAAAAAAAAAAAUUCUGAGGAAGUUCAUACUUCAAUAUCCCCUUCACAAGUUGCAGCAAUAUAGAAGUACCUGUUUGGCUUGGCCAACUUCACCAGCCCUAGUGAUCAAUAAAUUCUGGUAUUCUUAGUUACUUCUGCUCAAUGAGAGCUUAAGGUUGCUCGAUUAAAAAUUAAAAGCAUUGGUUUGCUUUGUUUUUAUGAUUUGUGUUUUUCAUUGCAUAAAAGUAGCGAAGCUGGUGUUUUUAUUUUUUAAUUAUCAAAGUCCAUACUGACACUGAGAUGUCUGCUUAUCACUGAAGCAGUUGAUAGGUCAAAUUGCGUCUUCAAUUUCCAGUUUAGUCUGAUUUGUAGUUUCAUCCUGUCGAGUAAUCGUGGCAAGUUAAGUUAAUAGCU